AUGGCCAAUGGUUCUUUUGGAGUGCAGUCAACCUCUCAGCUUGCAGAGUUUGCUUCCUCUAUGGUCUAUUUAAUGUGGCAUGCAAGAAAGACAACCAAGACUUCUUACACACCCCCACCCCCACCACCUUCAUUGGUCGGUAAUGAUUUGGCCUUUCUCAUGUGGCAAGCUAGAAAACCUAUCAUGACUAAAGCACCUUAUUCUCCUCUUGGGGGUGAUUACCAUUCCUUUUCUUAUACCGCAAGUCCUGCAUUCAAAAAGUUUUGUUAUCAGGUACUUACGGCUACACAAUUGAAAGAAUCAGCUGUAUAUCUUUCUCUCAAGUACAUUGCUAUUCUUUUACAAUCCAAUCCUUCUAUUGAAGGUGCUGAAGGUUCUGAAUAUCGUUUGUUUAUUGUUGCACUCAUGUUGGCCAACAAGUUCUUGGAUGACAACACAUUCACUAACAAAACAUGGUCUGAUGUGAGCGGUAUGAAAGUACAUGAUUUAAACAUUAUGGAAGCAGAAUUCCUUGAAGCCUUGGAUUACAACUUAUUUGUCCGUCAACAUGAAUAUGACAACUGGAGACAUUUAUUAGAAGAAUGUAGAGACCGAGCCCAGAUGUCGUAUUAUGAUAAUCCCCAACAACGUCAACAAUUGAUUUUAAUGACAUUGCAAACCUUGGGAUUAUACUCACCCCCACAACCACCCAUUCAGCCCCUUUAUCGCUAUAGUUUAACUGAUUAUCAGCCAACUUAUCAGCACUUUUCACAACCACAACAACCAAAGAUUCCGAUCCAAUUACCGUACGUUAUGCAACCACCUGUUGGCUACAAUAACAAUGGUGCAUAUGACUACCCUGCUGUAACCAAUUUAUCUCAGUCUUCAUGGGACCCACUUGCUUACAGUUUGAACCGUUGUCAGGACCUUUCUUACUAUUCUUCAAGCACGCAUAACUUUAUGUCUGCCACACGACCCAUUUCUUGGAGAAAUUACACUUAG